AUGUCGAAAGCUUCUAACUUUCUUGGCCUCAGAUCCAAUCUAAGCUCCCCUUUCGUCCGAGCUUCCUCUGCUCUGACUGCUGCUUCGAAACCUCUCGUCCGUUGCAUUCGCGCUCCUUCACGUCGCCGGCUGGUUCUGGGCGGUUUCGGCGGCGCUUCGCUGUGGAUGAACAACAUGUCCGGUAAAUCUUUCAUAGCUUCCGCGAGGCAGACGAAUCCUUCUCCCGUCGAACAGGCGUUGAGUAACGUGAAUUGGCCUGAGAAUUUCCCUUUCAAAGAAGAAGAUUUCCAGCGAUUCGACGAAACAUCUGAUUCAACAUUUUACGAAGCUCCACGGUUUGUGACACACAUUGAUGAUCCAGCAAUAGCUGCAUUGACAAAGUACUACUCCAAGGUUUUGCCUCAGAGCGAAACUCCCGGAGCGAGCAUACUCGAUAUGUGUAGCAGUUGGGUCAGUCAUUAUCCAGCCGGGUAUAAGCAAGAACGAAUAGUUGGAAUGGGUAUGAACGAACAAGAACUUAAGAGCAAUCCGGUUCUGACCGAGUACAUAGUCCAAGACUUGAAUGUCAAUCCAAAGCUUCCUUUUGAAGACAAUUCUUUCCAAGUUAUUACCAAUGUGGUAAGUGUGGAUUAUCUUACAAAGCCGCUUGUAGUUUUCAAGGAAAUGCACAGAAUCCUCAAGCCAGGAGGACUCGCAGUAAUGAGCUUUUCGAACCGUUGCUUCUUUACUAAAGCAAUCUCAAUAUGGACAUCAACUGGGGACGCAGAUCAUGCUCUCAUUGUCGGAUCUUACUUUCACUAUGCCGGUGGAUUUGAGCCUCCUCAGGCCGUUGAUAUAUCUCCAAAUCCAGGGCGUUCAGAUCCAAUGUACGUCGUUUACUCAAGAAAACUCCCAAUGGCUUAA